AUGCCUCUAUUCCGAAUGAAGACGGUAUUCCCGUUGGUCGCUUUGGUGACCAUUGGAAUCUUCUUCUUUUGCAUGGAACGAUACGACCGCUCAGCUUUCCUUCGGUUCAAGCACCCAGUUGAUCGGGCCUCCUUCGGUGGAAACAAGCAACCUCAAGUACAAACGCCGGCACAAUCAGAUUCGCAGCAACCGCCCACCACCUGUGAGGUUGACCCGAAAUUGGCCGCCCCCCUACCCUUCCCUGAAUGGCUCCCCCGCAAGAACUACACUCGCGCCUAUUUCCGUCCUCGUCAUGUAAACCCUCGCACCGAAUUCCACACUUUGGAGGAAAUCGAGAGGCCUGUGCUCCCUCCCAUGGUUAUCAUGGAGCGUGGUAUGGUUGUGUCUCCCGAGAACAAGCCAGAAAACUUUGUCUGCCCCGAGAUCGUCGAGGUCGAUGUGGCCGCUGAUGACGAUGUCGAGGAGACCUCCAAGCUUCUGUUCGGUUUGGCCACUACUGUCGACCGUCUAGACCGCCUUCUCCCCUCCCUGCUUUACUCCUAUGGAAACACCAAGGCGGGUCUGAUUGUUUUGGUCCCUGAGUCUGACGACGACUUGGAGAAGCAAGAGACCUACUUCCGCAACCGCGGUCUAGACUUGACUCUCAAGGCCUCUCCGCUCGACUUCACUGCCCGCUACUUCGGUAUGGUUGAGGCGUUCACCGAGCACAUUCGCAAGCACCGCCCGCACACCAAGUGGGUUGGAUUCAGCGACGACGAUACCUUCUUCCUUUCGCUCCCCACUAUCGCCGAGGAACUGAAGCUUUUUGACGAGAGCAAGAAGCACUACAUUGGAUCUUUGUCUGAAGCCAGCUGGCAGGUGGACACUUUUGGUCACAUUGCUUUCGGUGGUGCCGGUGUGUUUGUCUCAACACCUCUUUUGGAGGUCCUGAUGAAGCACUACGAAGAGUGCCAGUCCUGGGGCGAGCAGCCCGGUGACCAGAAGCUUGGCCAGUGUAUCCAACGCUUCGGUGACACCCCCUGA